UCAAACACUCACACGCACCCAUCCCUCCACGCAGGCUAUGGUGUGUGGUGUGUGGUGUGGUGUGUGUAGUGGUUGUGUGUUGUGUUGGUUGUUCAUGCGAGUCCGCCGUUCUGGCACUGCUUGAGGGCGUCGAAGUAGUACUGGCACUGGCUGAUGUCACCCGAACGCUGCAGGCACUGCAACACACACACACACACAUCGGUACAGAGGCAUCAUGGUGCAGUCCCCGUCUCGCCUCCCCCUCGCCCCUCUCUCCCUCCCCUCUCUGUGUCAGUGUGUCUUACGUCGUUGAGCUGCUGCUGCUGGUUGAGGCAAACGUUCUGCUGCUGCUGCUGCUGCUGGGGCGCCAUCUGCUGCUGCGGGGCCAUCUGCUCGCCGCCCUCGUGCUUGUGCACCACCUCCGUCUGGCGGGGACCCAUCACGGCGUCAACCGCACGGUUCGCCACCGAGAAACCAACACCGCUGGCCAUGCCUGAGUGGAAGGACAGUGGACACAGGGAGAGAGACAAGUUGACCAAGGCGUCUGAGGUUGUGAGUGUGUGUGGGUGUUGCUCACCUCCGACGAUGGACGAGCCGAUGUUGCCGAGCAUACCGCCGCCCAUGCCGCCGCCCAUAGCGGGGGGAGCAGCCUGCUGCUGGGGAGCUGGCAUCUGCUGCUGCAUCGGACCUGCAGAAUCAAAGCACACGACGAGAGGAGGGACACACGACGAUGACGUCACGUCACACACGCGAGGUCGGUCUUCAUGUCAGAGGUGUGGUUUCCUACGCUGAGGCGUGGGCGACGAGUGCUUGGGAGGGGCUGACGGGCGACCUCCACCGACUGCAGCACACACAACACCACACACAACACAACCACAUGCCGUCAUGACAUCGUGCAGACGUCUCAGCACCCCCCAGUGAUCUGAUCAGACUGUGUGUGCGCUCCCCUCUCCCCCAGGUCGUGUGUGUGUGCCUUACAGAAUCCGCCACCCCCGCCGCCCGAGCGGCUUGGACCAGAGGUACGAGCACCGCUACGACGAGGCAUCUUCAGCAACAGGAACGUCAAGAAGCGAUACACAGGGCACGGAGGAGCUGCCGAAAGCCGCACGAACGUGCUG